AGGGGCGGGGCGAGGGCGGGGCUCCGCCCCCGGCCGCCCGGCGCGCCGCCUGCGGGGUGGUGACUGGCCCGGCCUCGCCGCGUCCCCGCCGCCUCUGCCGCCUUCGCCGCGCCCCGCAGGCCCCCUGUCCUCGAGCUCCCGGCUCUGCCCGUCCGGCUUCCCGCAGCCCCGCGACCCGAUGACGCUGAAGGCCAGCGAGGGCGAGGGCGGGGGCAGCAUGCGCACGGCGCUCUCCGACCUCUACCUGGAGCACUUGCUGCAGAAGCGCAGCCGGCCCGAGGCUGUGUCACACCAGUUGAAUGCUGCAACUGAGGACAUGUAUACCAACGGAUCUGCUGCCCCCGGGAGCCCAAGCCAGACCAAGGACAUGCGGAAGGUGCGACUCAUCCAGUUUGAGAAAGUCACCGAGGAGCCCAUGGGAAUCACCUUGAAACUCAAUGACAAGCAGUCCUGCACUGUGGCCCGAAUUCUGCACGGUGGCAUGAUCCACCGACAAGGUUCCCUUCAUGUGGGGGAUGAGAUCCUUGAGAUCAAUGGCACGAAUGUGACCAACCACUCAGUGGACCAGCUGCAGAAGGCAAUGAAAGAAACUAAAGGAAUCAUCUCAUUGAAAGUCAUUCCCAGUCAGCACAAUCGUCUUCCUGCGCUGCAGAUGUUCAUGCGGGCGCAGUUUGACUAUGAUCCCAAGAAGGACAACCUGAUCCCCUGUAAGGAGGCAGGGCUGAAAUUUGUGACUGGAGACAUCAUCCAGAUCAUCAACAAGGACGACAGCAACUGGUGGCAGGGGCUGGUGGAGGGCUCCUCAGCCGAGUCAGCGGGCCUCAUCCCCUCUCCUGAGCUGCAAGAGUGGCGAGUGGCAAGCAUGGCGCAGUCUGCUCCAAGUGAAGCGCCAAGCUGCAGCCCCUUCGGGAAGAAGAAGAAGUACAAGGACAAGUACCUGGCCAAGCACAGCUCAAUUUUUGACCAGUUGGAUGUGGUUUCCUACGAAGAAGUUGUCCGCCUGCCUGCAUUCAAGAGGAAGACUCUGGUGCUGAUAGGUGCCAGUGGUGUGGGGCGUAGCCACAUUAAGAACGCCCUGAUCCGCCAGAACCCCGAGAAGUUUGUGUACCCUGCCCCGUACACCACGCGACCACCCAAGAAGGGAGAGGAGGACGGGAAGGACUACCACUUCAUCUCCACAGAGGAGAUGACCAGGAGCAUUUCUGCCAACGAGUUCUUGGAGUUUGGCAGCUACCAGGGCAACAUGUUCGGCACCAAAUUCGCCACAGUGCUCCAGAUCCACGAACAGGGCCAGAUCGCUAUCCUGGACGUGGAGCCCCAGACGCUAAAGAUCGUCCGGACGGCUGAACUCUCACCUUUCAUCGUGUUUAUUGCCCCCACAGACCAGGGCACUCAGACGGAAAGCCUGCAGCGGUUGCAGAAGGACUCGGAGGCCGUCCGCAGCCAGUAUGCACACUACUUCGACCUGUCGCUGGUCAAUAAUGGCGUGGAUGAAACCCUGACCAAAGUGCAGGAGGCCUUUGAGCGGGCAUGCAGCUCUCCACAGUGGGUGCCUGUAUCCUGGGUUUACUAGCCUGCGAGUCAGGUGAACCCCAGUGACCCCUCCACCGCCCUCGCUUCAGCUAGUUGUCAGCCACCUGCUCUGCACCUCUCCUAACUAGACUAGCCUCAGCCUGGUGGGCUCCACUGAGUCGAUGUUGCAGGAGCACCUGCCAUGUGCCACUGCUGCUUGGCAGUGGUGCCCAGGAGGAAACGCAGAACCAUCCCUCCAAAGCCUUUGCUCCUUCACCUGCAAUUCACUGCGUGUUCCCUUCCCUUCAUGAAAGCCUUUUGACUACAACUCUCCAAAAUGCUCCAAACGUCUGCUCCAAAGCAAUAAAAAUGUUGUCAUUGAAGUAAA